AUGGCCAUCCAGUUCGGAGUUAUCAAGGUGCCGACUCGAGUUACCCCGAACGGCACAGUGCUGGAAGAGAGCCUCCACUGCUCGUUGAAAAGCGACCGGCAAUGGCUCCAGUAUUCCUUCCAGAUCUCCACGGUCGUAUUCUUCGUGGCCCCGAUGUCCCUCAUCAGCGGCCUCUACCUGCUGAUAGGAGUCAAACUGAGGAGGUCCAGGCUCAUCAAGCGUCCCAACUCUGAGCCACUCAGAGCACAGAAGCACGUUAUUAGGAUGUUGGGUGAGUCAGUGAGUUUUUGUAGAUCUCAAUAA